AUGACGUUGACAUGGAUAACGGCGGCUCGGCGCAUUACGGGCACAACGGAAACGACCGCUAUCGUGGUGGAGGAAACGAUGAUGGAAUGGAUGGCGGUGGAGGGGAGGACGACUACUAUGGCGGAGAUGGAAAAGGAGAACCCCCCACACGAUGACGAUGACGAGUAUGGCGGCGGAUUUCCUCCCGGCGGCCCACCAUUUCGUGGACGUGGAGGCUUUCGUGGUCGAGGCUGGCCUCCUGGUGGCCCCGGUGAUGAUGUUCCGUACAAUGGACCAGCUGGUGGGCCGCCUUUUCGUGGAGGACCCCCGCAUGGCUUUCGAGGAGGAUUUCGUGGAGGAAUGGGUGGACCGCCAGGCCCUGGAGGACCUGGAAUGGGACCGCCGGGUGAAGAGGGAUUUCCACCUUUCAGAGGACGCGGUGGCUUUCGUGGCGAUUUUCGAGGGGGACGGGGCGUCGCUUUUACUUCGCGCCCAGCUGGACCACCAGGAGGACCGCCUGGAAUGUGGCGAGGAGGACCAGGACCGUACAGAGGAGGCCCGCCCGGACGAUUUGGAUUCUUCAACGGUCCACCGAUGAUGUCAGCUGGCGAUCGUCUGAAAAAGUUGGCUGGUUGUCUACCGACGGAAGAGCUUUGGGUCGAAACGAAAUCGCCGGAGGGGAAGGUCUACUUCUACCACGCUGUGACAAGGGAGACUGCAUGGGAGCGUCCAGAAGCUUCGAAGAUCGUGUCGCAGGAAGAAUUGACUGAGUUGAUUGCGCGCGCUACUGAAGAAGAGAAAGCUGAAAGAGAGCGAGCUAUGCCACCAAUGAUGCCACCAGGAGGAGGCCCUGGUUAUCCACCAAUGGGAGGUCCACCUUAUGGUGGAGGCCCUCCAGGGAAAGUUGACGACGCUUGGCAAGAAUUCACAGCUCCAGAUGGACGAAAGUACUACUUCAACGCGAUCACUCAGGAGAACACAUGGGAUAAGCCGGCUGCACUGAGGAAGCGAGAAGUUGACACUGAAGUACCACUUGAUGAAGUAACUUUGGCUGCUAGAGCUAAAGCCCAACAGGCAUUGGCUGAAGUGCAAGCGAAACUCGCUGAAGCUCAAGCAGUGAAGGCUCGUGAAGAUGCUAGACCAACUACUACUGUUGUUGCAAAGACUCCACAAGACAAGUCGAGGCCAAUCUCGAGUACGCCUAUUUCUGGUACGCCGUGGUGUGUCGUCUUCUUUUUCAAUCCAUCUACUCGCACUUCUGUCUGGGAGCGACCACCUGAAUUAUACAAUCGUGCCGAUGUUGAUAAGUUGAUCACCGAACCGCCAAAGACAGAUGGCUCAGCUCCACCACCAAAUCAACCACAGCCGGGUGAUAGCGAUGGAGAAAGCGAUGAGGCUAAUGAUGAUCACCAUGGACCACCACAAGCCAAGAAGAGCCGACAGGAAAAGAAAAGGGAAGCACAACUGCGACAACAAUUGGCGGCAGCUGAAGCAGCGAAAGCAGCUAAGCAACCAGUGCGCCAGAUGCUCGACAAGCAACCAGAUCCCGCUAUUCAGGCUGAACUCGAGGCUCAAAAUAAGAGAAACCAGGUUCCAUUGGAAGAGCGAUUGAAGCACUUCAAAGAUAUGCUCGUUGAGAAGGAUAUUGCCACAAAUAGUACAUUCGAGAAGGAAUUGAGCAAGAUUGUCUUCGAUCCACGCUACCUUCUGCUUUCCGCCAAUGAGCGCCGAGCGGCUUUCGAAGCUUUUGUGAAGGAGAAAACGGAGAAGGAGCGCACAGAAAAGAAGAAAAAAGCCAAGGAAGCAAAGGAGAAAUUCCUAGAAUUGCUGAAAGAGGCGGAAUUGCACGGAAAGUCAUCUUUCUCGUCAUUCUCUUCGAAGUUUGGCAAGGACACUAGAUUCAAAUCAGUUGAAAAGAUGCGUGAUAGAGAGGAUAUGUUCAACGAGUUUGUUGGCGAGUUGCACAAGAAGGAGAAGGACGAACGCAAGGAUAAGAAAGACAAGGCGAAGAAAGCUUUCUUGGAGCUGCUUAAUGAGCAAAAUGGUCUCACGCGCAAGUCAAAAUGGAAGGAAGUGAAGAAGGCGCUUGAAGAUGAUGAACGUUACAAAGAUAAGUAUCUCGACAGUUCUCUUCGUGAAUCAUUGUUCAAGGAUCAUGUGGAUAAACUUGCUGAUGAGACACUUUCAGAUCAAGAAGAGGAAGCGGCUCGCGAGAAACGACUUGCAACUGAAGCGGCCAUUGCUAAACGGCAAGAAGAAGUGGAAGCCGAGCUGGGUGAACAAAUGCAAGAACGACGCAAGGAACUUGAGCGCCAUAAGAAAGAAGAACAUGAGCAGACUUUCAAAGCUCUUUGCAAUGAUUUAAUAAAAUCGGCUGACAUGUCAUGGCAUGAUGGAAAGCGAGUGCUCCGAAAGGACAAUCGUUAUGAAGAAUGCGAUCUCUUGGACAAGUCGGACAAGGAAAAGCUUUAUGGUGAACAUCUGAAGACACUAGACAAGAAGCGAAGAGAAGCUUUCAAAAAAUUGCUCACCGAGCACGAGGAAAUUGAUCACGGCAUGAGAUGGAAAGAUGCUAGAAAGAUCAUUGAAAAGGAUGAAGUCUUCCAGAAAUGUCUUGGGCAACUCUCCGAAAGAAAAAUCGAGCGUGAAUUCCGCGAUUGGGUUGAGGAGAAACAUGAUCAAGCUGUUCGUGACUUCAAGGACUUGUUGAAAGAAACUCCAAUCAUCACCUUUGAAAGUAAGAAGAAGAUGGAGGACAACGAGCAACAUUUGAAGGAUAUUCUAGCAAUCCUUGAGAAAGACAAGCGCUACUUGGUGUUGAAAGACUCUGGCUCGGAGCGUGAUCGCAUGCUGGAAGAAUUUGUGGACAAGUUGGCUCGCUCUGGUCCUCCUCCACCACCCACGCAACAGGAGGGACGCCGU